AUGGCUCGAGACAAUGACCGCGAUCGGAAGCGGCGACGUUCAAGGUCGUGCUCUCGCUCUCGCUCACGUCGUCGCAAUCGUUUUCACUCACCGUCUGCAUCUGUAAGUGCGUCAUGUCUUUAUCCUUGUCCAGUCUCGUCAAAAACGGAUAUUGCUAGCGUUCAGGAGAUGCAAUCUCCGGUGGUCACUAUAAUUUCUCCGCUACCUGCUGUAGCGCAUCGUGAGGAGCUCUUGAGUGCUCUAGAGUCUCAUCAAGUUGUAAUUUGUGUAGGAGAGACUGGAUCUGGUAAAAGCACGCAGAUUCCGCAGUUUUUGGACGCCUGUGGAGCUUAUACCGCUGUUAAAUGUGACCAAGGUGGGAUAUCUCAUUGUGUAGCCAUCACACAGCCCAGACGAGUAGCUACAGUGUCAGUAGCUCACCGAGUAGCCGAGGAAAUGAAUACAAGAGUUGGAGGUGAUGGCUUUGUGGGCUAUUCAAUCAGAUUUGAGUCACGGUGCAGCGACCAGACGAGACUCAAGUUCCUGACGGAUGGAGUUUUAGUUCGAGAGUGUUUGAACGAUCCAUUGCUCACAAAAUACAGCGUUGUGAUGGUGGAUGAAGCGCAUGAACGUAGUAUUCAUACAGAUAUACUCUUUGGUCUAUUGAAACAAGUGAUGCAACGACGACCAGAGUUUCGGGUGCUUAUCACGUCCGCUACGUUAGAUGCCGACAGGUUUGCAGAGUUUUUUGGCCAAGCGACAUUGUGUCAAGGUGUCAAAAGCAAGAAGGCGAAAAGAAAGAAGGUGACGCCAUGUCCAAUUGUUAAGAUUCCUGGACGAUUAUUUCCUGUGGACAUUUUUCAUUCCAAACAGCAGCAGGUCAUGGGACACAGAGGUCCGCUGUCAUCUUAUGUGCAUGCUACUGUCGAGACGACAAUGCAGAUACAUAAUAGCGAAGAACCAGGUCAUAUCCUUGUAUUCCUUACCGGCCAACGUGAGAUUGAAGAUGCGUGUGCACAAAUUCGAGCGCUUUAUCGAGAACAAGGAGAGAAACGAACGGAUGGCAUGGAGCUGCUUGUUCUGCCGCUGUAUGGCGCAUUGCAAGGCCGCAGACAGCGUGAGAUCUUUGAUGCAUUGUCAAUGGCUCGCGUGCGUAAAGUGAUUGUUGCGACAAAUAUUGCCGAGACUUCUCUGACGAUUGAUGGAGUUCGAUAUGUAGUAGAUUGUGGCUUUACGAAGCAAAAAGUGUAUAAUCCAGUGCAGCAGAUGGAGUCUCUUGUGAUUGUGCCGAUCUCCAAGGUGUCAGCGCAACAGCGUGCUGGUCGAGCUGGUCGCACGGCUCCUGGAAAAUGCUAUCGUCUUUAUAACAAGGUUUCUUACGAGGAAAUGGCUCAGGAGACAGUACCCGAGAUUCAGCGCACGAACCUGGCAAACACCGUGUUGUAUCUUAAGUUGCUUGGCAUCCAAGACGUGCUUGGUUUUCCGUAUUUGGACCCGCCUGAUGAAGACUCACUCUUGGAUGCGCUGAAGCAGCUGUACGUACUUGGAGCAUUGGACUCCACAACUGGCGAGGCUACACCGCUUGGUAAACUCAUGGCUGCCUUUCCAUUAGAGCCAAAGCUUUCUCGUGCUUUAGUUGAAUCAUUGUUGUUGAAGUGCAGUCGGGAAAUGACGCAAGUGGUUGCAAUGCUUUCUGUAGAGAAUGUCUUUGUUGAGUCUGAUCAAAGGAGAAGUCGCCGUGAUGAAAGCGACGACAAUGAAAACAAGGAAUCAGCCUGGGAACGUCUCAUGCUGACAUUAAAAGAAGACGGACUUUUGCACAAAGACGGAGACCAGCUCACGUUUCGACUGUUACUGGAAGUAUUUGAGUCAAAGUCCCACGGAAUGAAACAGCAUCGCCGCAAACUUGAGCUCUGGUGUAAAGAUCGCCAUCUUCGACUGCGCGCUCUGACGAUGGCUGGAUCCAUUGUGAAGCAGCUUCGUGAUAUCAUCAACUCGCUAUCUCGACGCAACCUCGAUGCUGUUAAAACGACAGUGCGAAUAGAUGACAACCAAUUGAAAGCAUCGCUAGACGACCGCUUGCGCCAAGCACUCUGCGCUGGUUUUUUCAUGAAUUCAGCGCGUCGAUGUUCAACAGAGACAGUAUAUCGCGCAAUGUAUCACGACGAAGAUGGGCAAAAAUCAGUCCAGCUUAUGCAAUUCCACCCGCUGUCGACAAUGUGCUACACCGCACCACCCGAAUUUUGCGUGUACCAGGAGCUCGUGAUCACCAGUAAGCCAUUCAUGCGAUGUUCAUUGGCUGUUGAGCGUCGUUGGCUCGACUGGUAUAGCAAGGGCAAGCUGAAAGUCUCGUUGGCACUAUUGUAUGCUCUAUGUGGACGGACACCUCCCAUCCACGAGAAGGACGGGGAGCAAGAAAAAGGGAAGCAGUCAAGUAUUGAAUCAUCGGAAACAAACUCAUCAGCAAUAACUUUGAAGCCAACUCCAGUGACUGCUGAUGCCGUUGCUGCGGCCCGUGCACGCUUCUUGGCGCGAAAGAAAGGCUAUUAG